AUGCCUCGAACAACCGAAAACUCGAAAAAGCGCCUUGCUGAGGCGAUACCCCGACGACAUAUCUCGAAGAAGCUUCGCAUCGACGAUCCCCACGAAGACAGUAGUACCGACGACAUCAUCUUCGACAUGUUCGUCGAGGGUACCGUUGAAGCCAUGUCGCGGGAGGAGAUCGAAACCCUUCUGCCGCCUCUGGCAGCAGCCGAUAUCCGAGAGCUGAAUGGACUCGUUCGGAAUCUUGUCAACCGACGAAGAAACGCGCCCGCGCAGCCAAUUGUAUACAACGUUUCGGUCCACGAGCUCCACAUCCUCCUCAUGGCUCUCAGGACAGUUAGGUGCAACGGCAUACCACUCUACCCCAAUCCUAAACUUCACGCUGCUCUACACACAGAGUCGCGAGGCCGCACGCACCCUCACACGAUGAACGAAGUACACGACCUGCGCAAGCGCUCCAUCCUUCGGGAAUGCCGUCGCAACCCUGGCGUCGCUGCUCCCAUCGAUAUUUCAUCGGAUAGCCCAUCUGAAAGUUCCUCCGAUCACUCCUCUGGAGGUUUCUCCAAGUUUCACUCCAAGAGUGCUCCACAGCAGGUGCCUGUCGUUAUCCAGCCUGCGGUCGACGACGCUAGUAAGAUCGACUUGUUCCCUGAUAUUUACAACCAUGAACCUCAAGCUGACAACAAUGAUGCUACAGUCAAUGAAGACGCGCCGAUCCCCUCAUUUCCAAAGGUCAUGCCCGAUAACAAACUGGCAUUCUCCAAUGAUAACUACCGGCCCUUCGAAGGGACGUCACAGCAGCGGGAGCAAGGCCAAGGCGACCAAACCUCUCCCAAGUUGUUGGCAACCAAGCACCACAGCAUCAGCCUCGACAAGACCCGAACCCCUUCGUACCUUGAACGACUCGACAGGCGAAAACUCGAUAAGAUACCUACCCAAGGAACCACCGUCUGGCGUGUGGAUACGAUGCCGCUCACAUCACAAGAGCGCGACGACCUUAUCCAGCGAGGCCCCAUACAGACGGCGCCAGGCAGUUCUCCGAUCAUCUGUCUUUUCAUGGUUCUGCGGUCGCUCAUUGCAAUACUACCAAAUCACUUGAUCGAAAAUCUCGCUGCCAAUGGAGACCAGAAUCCUUUAAUCAGCCAUGCCCUCCUCGGAAAGGAAGGGCUUCUCAAGCCAGACUUUCUGGAGCGACUCAUCAGUGGCGAAUCCAAGCUCCGGGACAGUGAAGAUAACGCCAAAGUGCAAGACGCUUUUCUUUGCCUAGCUGAGUCCAAGAUGAUGCUACACACAGUUUGGUCUCUCGACUUCCUCCUCAUCUGGCGCUUUGGCAUCGGUCGCAUCACAAGUGGACCAGACAAAUCGGAUUGGAAUUUGCUUUCCUACAAUGUUCAACAAUCGUCCAGCAGCGGUUUGAUUGUUGCAGACUUCAGAUUUGAGGAGCCUGAAGUCAGAAUCAUCGACAUCGUCGAUCGAAAGUUUCAUAUUUCCAAUCCACAGCAGGACAUGGAAGUUGCCGGUCUCAACAAUUUGCCCUACGUCCUACGCGUCCACCUGAUACCAGCUCUCGGCAAUAGACGUAGCUUUUCUGAGCUUCAAAACUUCACAGUAACCAUUACCCCCGAAAAGGCCUGCCCGCCCAUACCAGACACAAGCUGGGCUCCGGUGCUAGAUGAGCUCUCAGCAUGGCUGAACAACGGCCCAGAGACCUCAGCCUUUGCAAAUGUGGUUGCUGGUCCUAUGACUGGCAAGACACAGUACAUACCCCGACGCGUGCUCGAUGCGCUUUCGGAAAAGAAAAUACCCGACACUAUCGUGAUCUACGCCCUUCGGACGCCUCUAGAGAAAGGCCUUUACAUGCAUAACGCUGUUCUCAUGUCUGAGAAGGUUGACGAUUGUGUGGACGGCCUAUUGACCGAGAGCGAUGCCAAGCUCAGAGUCCUUACCCAUCGAUCGCUUGAUAAGCUCAUGUACUUUGCGGAGACCAGAAGAGCCGUGAUCAUCCUCGAUCACGAUCCCGAAUGCAGCUCUCUAUACGUGUCAAUCUGGCUCCGCAUAGUAGAGUGGGCAGCGACUGCUGAGUACGCCCGUAUCGUCACGCUUUCGACCGUGGAGAUGCCCGAAUGGCAGAAGAAUAUUACUGAUGGUGUCACCAUCAUGCGAAUGAAUGACUUUCGAUGCCUCGGUGGUGAAGGAUACCCCAUGCAGCCUCUCGAGAAAGCAGUGGACCGCAACGAUAUCGCCGAGUUGAUCGGCCGCUUCCUCAAGCACGACUCUCCGCCUCGAACAUUGGUCAUUGUUGGUCCGAUCGCUAUGAUCAUGGAUGCUUCCCAGCUUCUCCCAGAUGAGGCUGAUUUCCUCAUAACAGGAAUUUCGAGCAAGACAGACUUUAACAGCUUCAUUGCCAAGUCACCACUGGAUUCCCAUCAAAGUCCCAUUGUUCUCGUCGUGGCUCCCAAUGUCGCGCUAUCGGCCCCUGCUCUACACGCUCUCAAGCUCGCUAAUGUCACACACGGCGGUAUCAUCGGUCAUGGCGCUGGAGGGCCAUGCUAUAACGACUUCCUCGGUACUGUUGUUGACGAUUCCCUCACGUUGCCCCCUUCCGAAGUCGACAUAGAUCGUGCCAGCAUGUACUGGUCCAAGAGCCUUUCAACGCCCUUUGUCCCUUGCUGGAUGCCGGUUGACCGGCGUCAGUACGAGAACUCCUCGUCGUCACUCUACGAGCGGUUUGCCAAUCGCGACCUCUACACGACUGUCUACAAGCUUGUCGACUUCAUUUCUCUGACUGCCUUUAUCCUAUCAGCGGCCUUUUAUAAAUCCACCUCGGUGGAAGUGAAGGAGACUCUUGUCUACUUUGCGCACAUUAUUGCCAACGCCGACGCCUGUCGCGAGGCCAUUGAAUUUGUUGGCCAGCCACCUUCAGAAAGCUUUCGCCGCAUUGCUAUCCAGGACGCUAUCCCUGGCCAGUUUGCCCCUGAAGGCUUUCUCUGGACAGUGCUCGGAUUCGCCGCUCAGUGGACUUGGGCGAGCAUGUCGAGCUACUGA